AUGGGUAACUUGGGAGCCUUGUGUUGGAACAGCCUCGUCCCCGGGGUGGCAGGAAGGUCGGCAGGAGCGUUGGUAAGAUUUUGGUGGUUGCCUGGCCGGUGGGUCCGUGCGGCCCGGCGGCCACGGAAGGAAGGAACGGCCUGCCGGCGGGGUCUUUUAUUCUGUCGUGGCCACGCCGGCUUUGGUUGCCUCUUCCUUUCCCACAACAACAACAAACAACUCCCUCGUUUCCUGGUCAGCCAUCCGAAAGCGGGGAGGGAAUUCGGCCCCACCUCCCGCAUGCCACAGCCACUCUCAUGUCUUUCAGCCGCGACCCUUGUGGUCCGCCCCAACAUGCCGCCGAAACGCUAUCGCCGGAUAGACAAUACGCACCACCAUGCCGUGUGCGGGAUUUUCAGCUCAUUCUACGACCGCUGCGUGGCUCAGCAGCUAAACGGGCACAUUCCACGGAGGCAACACAUGCCUUAUUCGAGCAAGCUUGCAGGGAUUAACAACGAAUACACUAGGCUAGGGCAUGUGGCCGCCGUUUACUGGUAGACUCACGACGCCAUGAAAGCCGCAAGUCUCGCGUCGAGCCACGACGCGCUUAGAGGCCUCCAUACCGAAAGCUCAGCUCCCCCGAGAGGUCCAACGAAUGACAGCCCUGCUGCUUGAGGCUGCAGUCGCUCAGCACACUGCAGCACCAAGUCGCGAAGAAAAGGCCACAUGCGCCUAUUGUGAAUGUAUCCAGAUGCUCCAGCCUUCCCCCUGUCUCGGCAGUGACAUGACUGGCAGAGGUACGAGAAAGAAGACCAAAUCGCGG